AUGAAGGCUUCGGUCCUAUUCCUGCAAAAUGGAAAGGAGUAUGUGAUGGUGGUGAAGGUUUUGUCUGUAACAGGUAAGUUUGUUCAAGAUUUAAUAACAUGGAAGAUAAUUGGCGCACGUACGUUUAGCCUUCAAGGUUAUAAUAAGUUUUCUGCUAGAGACACAUCUGGGCAUGGGACUCAUGUGGCGUCAAUCAUAUCCGGUAGGGAUGUAAUAGACGCAAGUUAUUAUGGAAUUGCGAAAGGAAUUGCUAGAGGAGGUGUUCCCUCUACAAGAAUCACGGCAUAUAAGGUAUGCUAUCACAUUAAUUGCUUAGACAUAGAUGUUUUGAGCGCUUUUGAUCAUGCCAUUGCUGAUGGAGUUGAUAUAAUAUCAGUCUCCAUAGCUCGCCCUAGGCUAGUCGAGCUUACUUUUGACCCAAUUGCGAUUGGGGCAUUUCAUGCAAUGGAGAAGGGAAUUCUGACAGUGAAUGCAGCAGGAAAUGAUGGUCCUUUGUUAUCCUCUAUCAAAAAUUAUGCUCCAUGGACCUUGACUGUGGCUGCAAGUGAUACUGACAGAAGAAUUGUUGAUAAGCUUGUUCUUGGGAAUUAUGAAGAACAUGUGGGUAAUGCUAUUAAUCCUUUCUUUUCAAGUGUUAAAACGGUGCCUCUUGUUUAUGGGAAAGAGCUCCCAAGUAGUUGCUCUGAAAUUGAAAAAAGGAAGUGUCUUCCAGAAUGCUUAGUAAGUAGCUUCAUCUACCAAAAAGUAAUUAUGUGUGAUCAAGAUCGUUCCUUAAGGGAAAUUAAAGCAUCUGGAGCCUUUGGUUGUAUCGUGCCAAUUUCUUUUCAAAAUAAUUAUUCAGAGAUCAUGCCAUUUCCUACUAUAGCGCUACCUACAGAAUCUCUCGACUUUGUCAAAUUAUACAAAAAAUAUGCCAAAGUACCAAAAGUGCAAAUUUUAAGAAGUGAGACAAUUAAGAAUCCGGGUGCUCCUUAUGUUGCUUCAUUUUCUGCUAGAGGACCUAAGGAGCAGAAAAUGAAGCAACGUAACGAGCACCCGGAUUCUUAA